UAUGAUGAUUAUAUAAUAAAAAAAUAAAUUAUUAAUAAUUACAUGAGUGCAUCAUGUGAUUUAAUUGUAUACGUCUCUACUAACCCUUCACUAUAAAAACCAGUGCAACAAAGUACACAAAGGAAACCCUCUCUUUCCUCCAGCCUCCGCCGAGAUCUACCCCACUGCAACCACCCACCCCGGCCCCCCAGAUGGGCCAAAACAACCCACCGCCACCUUCCCCCACCGCCUCAAUCAGGAGAUCCACGAGUUCCGGCGGCGGAAGCGGCUCAAUCAUCCUCGAAAAGUACCAACUCGGCCGCCUCCUCGGCCGCGGCAGCUUCGCCAAGGUGUACCUCGGCCGAUCUCUCGAUAACAGCGACGACGAGGUUGCCGUCAAAGUCAUCGACAAGGCGUCCACCGUCGACGCCGCCAUGGAGCCCCGGAUACUCCGGGAGGUCUCCGCCAUGCGCCGCCUCCACCACCACCCAAACAUCCUCAAACUCCACGAGGUCAUGGCCACCAAAUCGAAGAUCUACCUCGUGAUGGAGCUCGCACAGGGCGGCGAGCUCUUCGCCAAGCUCCACCGCUGCCGCCGCUUCUCCGAAUCCACCGCCCGGAAGUACUUCCAGCAAGUCGUCUCCGCCCUCCGCUUCUGCCACCAGAACGGAGUCUUCCACCGAGACAUCAAGCCGCAGAACCUCCUCCUCGAUCAGAACGGCCUCCUCAAAAUCACCGAUUUCGGACUCUCCGCCCUAUCGGAACAGAAAAAGGACGGCCUGAUCUACACCGCCUGCGGCACGCCGGCGUACACCGCGCCGGAGGUGGUCUACCGGAAGGGCUACGACGGCGAAAAGGCAGACGCCUGGUCCUGCGGCGUUCUCCUCUACGCCUUCCUAGUCGGCAGCCUCCCUUUCGAUGACAGCAAUUUGUCGAACAUGUACCGUGCAAUGCACAAACGCUCAUUCGAAUUCCCCGAUUGGGUUUCCAAAUCGGCCAAACUCGUCAUAUACAAACUCCUCGACCCAAACCCUAACACAAGGCUGAGCCUCGAUGACCUGAUCAAACUCUCCUGGUUCAAAAAAUCAUUCUCCCAGGAAAAUCUCUGCUCGCAAGCGGAUCAAAGUCCUCGAUCCGAAUUUCUCAACCGAAAGGACUCCGACUACUUGCCGAAAGUGAACGCUUUCGACAUAAUUUCAAUGUCUUCGGGGCUCGAUUUAUCGGGGCUUUUAGAAGCGGAGGUGAACAGCAAAGAGAUGAGGUUUACUAGUGUUUUGGAGGUGGUUGUGAUUGAGGAGAAGGUUGUGAAUGUUGGGGAGAAACUCGGGUACAGAGUGGAGAAAGGGAAAGGUGGCGGGAUUCGACUCGUUAAGGGACGGGCGGUUCUUGUUUUGCAGAUUUGGGAAGUGGCGAUUGAGUUGUGGUUAGUGGAAGUGAAGUUAGUUGAUGGUAGUAUGGAGUUUGGUGUUCUGCAGUGGGGUGAGUUGAAAUCGGGGCUCGGCGAUAUCGUACUCUCGUGGCACAACGAGGUUUCUUGAGCAAACGUUCUAGUUUAGGCGAUUCUACCGAUUGAUUUUGCUUUCGUUUGGGGCCGUAAUUUUAUGGGGAAUUCAUGUUCUUACAUCAUAUCAAUCAAGAGAUGAAUGUAAGAAAGAGUUGGGUUGAUCUAUGGAUGAUGAAAUCUUGGGGAUGGGGGGGAUGAGAUUUUUCUUCUUUUUUUUUUUUCUUUUUUUUUUUUUUGUUUUUUGUUU